AUGCAAACUCAUCGGCAGCCGGGCUCACUGAUGCCCGGGGCGCGGCGCUUCAACCCUGGUGCCGGCGCGUGCCCGAACGCGCCCUACGUCGGCGGAGUCGGGCGCGGCGCGACCCCCUUCUCGACUCGCGCGGAGACUCCGGGCCUUGCCCCUGGGUCGGGCCGCGGCCGAGGGGGCCCCCCAGGCUUGACCGGUGGCGCGCUCUCAUCCUCCGCACGCACUGCAGCAGAGCUCUUCGGUCGGCCGCCCCCGGGGUACAUCCCUGGACGCGGGCGUGGGGCGACGGGCUUCGCUGGCGGCGUUAGUCGAGACGACAACGCAGCAGACAAUCCGCACGCAGACAAGAGCGAUUUGUCGGAUGCCAACUUUGAUCCCUUCACGGGUUACGCGGAGGCCCUCUUUAACGAUGCCGAGUACGAUGAAGAAGACAGAGAGGCGGACAGGAUUUAUGACACCAUUGACGUGCGCAUGGACGCUCGCAGAAAGUCCCGUAGAGAAAUGCGUCUGAAGGAAGAAAUCGCGAAGAUGCGCGCGGAAAAACCGACGAUUCACCAACAGUUCGCGGACGUGAAGCGAUCCCUCGCAACUGUCACAAAGGAGGAGUGGGAGGCGAUCCCCUCGGUCGGCGACUACGCGUUGAAACGGAAGCAGAAGAAGCCGCAGAUGUUCACGCCGACACCCGACUCGCUUUUGAUGCAAAACCGCAACGCGAACUCGUACUCGACGUCGAUUGCCUCGGCAGGGUCUGCGACGCCGAUCGGCUUCGGCAUGCAGACGCCGCUGUUGGGCAUGUCGACGCCCCUGGGGCUGCAGACCCCGCUGGGGCUGCAGACCCCGCUGGGUCUCCGGACACCUCUGCUGGGUUCGGGCUCGGGGACUCCGUCCGGGGGCUCGGGGACGCCGUCGUUGAACGACUUGGGCGAGGCGCGCGGGACAGUUCUCUCCGUGAAGCUCGACAAGGUCAUGGACAGUCUGUCAGGGCAGACUGUCAUCGACCCGAAGGGAUACUUGACCGACCUCAACUCGAUGCAGAUGCAGAGCGACGCGGACGUGGCGGACAUCAAGAAGGCGCGCACGCUGCUCAAGUCGGUCACCGCGACGAACCCGCACCACGCGCCGGGCUGGAUCGCGGCGGCGCGCCUGGAAGAGCUUGCAGGCAAGCUGCAGGCGGCGCGCGAGCUGAUUGCAACGGGCUGUCAGCAGUGUCCCAAGUCCGAGGACGUCUGGCUCGAGGCUGCGCGCCUCGAGAAGCCGAAGAACGCCAAGGCCGUGCUGGCGAAAGCCGUUUCCCUCCUGCCGCACUCGGUGCGUCUCUGGUUCGACGCGUACGCACGCGAGAAGGACGUGGACCAGCGGAAGCGCGUGCUGCGCAAGGCGCUCGAGUUCAUCCCCAACUCCGUGCGGCUGUGGAAGGAGGCGGUGAGUCUCGAGGAAGAGAAGAAUGCACGCAUCAUGCUCACGCGCGCCGUGGAGUGUGUCCCUCAGUCCGUCGAGAUCUGGCUGGCGCUCGCGCGCCUGAGCAGCUACGAGGAGGCGCAGAAAGUCCUGAACGAGGCGCGCAAGAAGUGCCCAACGAGCCCCGAAAUCUGGGUCGCCGCCUGCAAGCUCGAGGAGACGCAGGGCAACCUCAAGAUGGUAGAUACGAUCAUCUCGCGCGCAAAGGACAACCUGCUUGCGCGCGGAGUCGCGCAGACCCGCGACGCGUGGCUGCGCCUCGCGGAGGAGGCGGAAGUCUCGGGUUUCCUGGGCACGUGCCAAGCGAUUAUCAGGACGACCAUGAAAAUCGGCGUGGAGGGGAUGAACGCGAAGCGCAUCUGGAAGGAGGACGCGGAGGAGGCGCUCGCGCGUGGCUCGGUUGCCACGGCGCGCGCGCUCUACACCUGUGCGAUUGAGCGCCUCAAGACGAAGAAGAGUCUGUGGCUUGCUCUUGCAGACCUGGAGACGAAGCACGGCUCAUCUCAAGGGCUUGAGAAGCUGCUGCAGAAGGCGGUUCUCUGCUGCCCGCAAGCGGAAGUCCUCUGGCUGAUGCUGGCCAAGCAGCACUGGCUGCAGGGCGACAUCCACAGCGCGCGCAAGGUGCUGGCGGAGGCGUUCGUGCACAAUGAGAACAACGAGUCGAUCUCGCUCGCUGCCGUCAAGCUGGAGCGCGAAAACCAGGAGUUCACGCGAGCGCGGAAGAUCCUCAAGCGAACGCGAGCGCACGUCAACACGCAGAGAGUCUGGAUUCAGUCGGUGCAGCUCGAGCGGCAGGUCGGCGACUACGAUGCCGCGAUUGAGCUCUGCAAAGAGGCGCGGAAAUACCACCCCGAGUGCGCCAAACUCUGGAUGAUUGGCGGCCAGCUCCACCGCGAGCACCCGACCAAGAAGGACGACGAAAAAGCCGCAGAAAUCUUCCAGAAAGGAACCGUCAUCUGCCCCAGAAGCGUCCCCCUCUGGCUGUGCGCCGUCGACUGCCAACGCGACCAGGGUAAGUGGAGCGUCGCCCGCGCGAUCCUCGAAAAAGCUAAGCUGCGCAACCCCAAAAACCCAGAGUUGUGGCUGGUCGCCAUCCAAAUCGAAGUCGAGGCAGGAAACAGGCAAAUCGCGCAACACGUCGCCAGCAAGGCCGUGCAGGAGUGCCCCGCCUCGGGGCUUGUCUGGGCAGAGGCGAUCUUCCUCGAAGAAAACAACGCGCAGACUCACAAGGCAGUCGACGCGCUGACCAAGUGCGAGAACGACGUGAACCUCGUGCUGGCGGUCGCGCGGCUCUUCUGGCGCGAGGGCAAAAUCUCAAAGGCGCGGAAGUGGCUAAACCGAAGCGUGACGCUGGACGCCUCCUUCGGGGACGCUUGGGCGGCCUUCUUGGCCUUCGAACUCGAGAACGGCGGCACGGAAAAAGAGUGUCGCAACAUCAUCAACAGAGCCUCCGUCGCGCAACCCAACCGAGGCCAGAACUGGAACAAAGUCGUGAAGCACGUGAGCUGCUGGACGUUGUCUUUCCCCGAAAAACUCCGGAAAGUCGUCGAGCGCAUGUUCCCAGAUGCGAUGAAAAACGACAAAAUCCCUCCACUUAUUCGAGAUGCGCUCUACGGGAAGCUGGACAUCGCAGACGCGACGGAGAGUCCCGCCGCGGCCGCGGCGGCGCAGGCGAAGGAAGGCAAACCCGCGCCGCAGUCCUCCCCGGCUUCUGCCGAAGACGCGCGAGAUGCAGCCAGUGCGCAAGGAGUGAGCGACAGCGGAAAAGGAACGGGCGCCGCAGACGAGAAGGACAGUUCCUCCUCGGCGUCGCCUCCCUCAGACGGUGACGCCCUGCUAGGUGUCAAGGCGAAGGCCAGGGAUGACGCAGCGGCUGAGGGCGAAGGCGCGGCGGGCUCGCUUUCCCACGAGAGAGAAAAGAGAGAGAGAGAAGGAGAGGAAGGCGAGCCCGAGCGGAAGCGAGGAAAAUAA